AUGGGAAUGUUCAUAUCAAGCCUUCUGGACAAGCUUUGGUCUAAAAAGGAAGUCCGAAUAUUGAUGGUUGGAUUAGAUGCUGCCGGAAAAACCACCAUUUUGUACAAGCUGAAGCUGAAUGAAAUCGUCACGACUAUUCCAACUAUUGGUUUCAAUGUUGAAACUGUGGAAUACAAAAACAUCAGCUUCACUGUUUGGGACGUUGGUGGACAGAAGAUUAUAAGGCCAUUAUGGAGACACUAUUAUGAUAAUGCUAAAGCGAUUAUUUUUGUUGUUGACAGCAAUGAUACAGAAAGAAUAGACGAAGCCCGUGAGGAGCUCCACGCCUUGUUGAACGAAGAUAAACUUCGGGAAGCAAUACUGCUUGUAUUCGCAAACAAACAGGUAUGUUCUCGCAUAUAUGGUAACCUUUUCAUUCCUCAGGAUCUUCCGAAUGCUCUUUCCACCUCCGAGGUUGCCAAAGGACUUGGCAUGACAAACUUUCAAAAUCGAAAAUGGUUUAUACAGUCUUCUUGCGCGGCAACUGGCGACGGUAUUUACUCGGGUUUGGAUUGGCUUUGCACGGAAUUAAAACGGAUCUAA